AUGGUCAAGGAAAGUAAACAGUCAGGAGGAUUGGAAUGGAGGAUUAAUGUCCCGAAUGAAACUACUUCUAAAGUUUUAGUGCCUGAGUCGAAGUCUCAAAUCCGAGUUUGCAAUGGAUUACGAGGUUUAAUAGUGGGGUUCGUGUCAAGAAUUUGGAAGUUUUUUCAAAAGGCUUGGAGCAUAGCAGUUAGAGAGCCUAAGAAAGCUAUUCAUGGAGUUAAAGUAGGGAUGGCUCUUUCUGUCGUCUCGCUCUUCUAUUACAUGAGGCCUUUGUAUGAUGGAGUCGGAGGGAAUGCUAUGUGGGCUGUUAUGACUGUUGUCGUGGUAUUCGAAUACACUGUGGGUGCUACACUCUAUAAAUGUGUGAAUAGGGCUACUGGAACUUUCUUGGCUGGAGCACUAGGACUCGGUGUUCACUGGAUUGCAAAUCAGUCGGGAGAAAAAUUCGAACCCAUUAUUCUUGAAGUCACGGUUUUCCUCUUAGCUGCUGCCACAACCUUCUCUCGAUUCAUUCCAACAAUAAAAGCACGAUUUGACUAUGGUGCCACGAUCUUCAUCCUCACAUUUAGUCUUGUGUCAGUAUCGGGCUAUCGUGUAGAUCAAUUGUUCGAAUUGGCUCAUCAGAGAUUAUCCACAAUUGCCAUAGGGAUCUCCCUCUGCAUCAUUACAACCAUGAUUUUCUGUCCUGUAUGGGCAGGAAAUGAACUUCACUAUCUUAUCACAAAUAACACGGAAAAAAUUGCUGAUUCCUUAAAUGGAUGUGUCGUAGAAUACUUCGGAAUCAAUGCAAAUGUAAAUAGCAAGGGUGAAGAUUCAGACAAAGUAUUUCAAGGUUACAAAUGUGUGCUUAAUUCAAAGGCUACAGAAGAAGCCAUGGCUAAUUUUGCCAGGUGGGAGCCUGCACAUGGACGCUUCAGCUUUCGACAUCCAUGGAAUGAGUACCUAAAAGUCGGGGUGUUACUGCGUAAAUGUGCUUACUGCAUUGAGUCUCUUAAUGUUAGCACAAACUCAGACACAGAGGCACCCGAUUUCCUAAAGAAGCAUUUCAGCAAGUAUUGCAUAGGAUUAAGCUCUAGUUCCUCAGACGUGUUAAAAGAAUUGGCAGUUACUAUGAAUACAAUGACAAAAUCGACAAAGAUUGAUCUCAUGGUACAUGAGAUGAACAAUGCAGUACAAGAACUUCAAGGUGCCCUUAAGUCCCUAGAGAAACAACCAAUUAUUAAAGACUCCAAAAAUGGCACAGAAGAGGGAAACAAAAGUAGUACUUUCAUAGUACCUCUCAUGGAGAUGGUUCCAAUAGUUUCCAUUUCUACAUUGCUGACAGAAAUUGCUGCAAGAAUAGAAAAGAGCGUGGAAGCCGUAAAUGAACUUGCCAACAAAGCAGAAUUUGAAGAAGGUACAAAGAAGUCGAAACAAAACGAAAACCAACAGAAUUCAAAUUAG